AUGGCUUCAAAUCCACAGGAAGGGCAACCCCAGCCCGGCGACAAGACUCUGCAUGUCUGGUCAAAACCCAUUGAGCAGAAUGGAGCUGCCGCGACCAACGGCGAAAAUGGUGCGACAUCGACGAAUACUCGACCGACUAUCUCUGAGGCCGUGUCUAUGAUCAAAAAGGAUGACUUUGCCAAUAUUGCGAAUACCCCAUGCGCUCGCCAAGGCUUCAUCACGGGAAUUGCAUCUGGUGCUGGCAUUGGAGGAUUGAGGUUCGUUGUUAAAGGAAACGCUGGUAGUGCUGCAAACUGGGCUGUCGGAGUCUUUGUGCUCGGGAGCAUGGCAUCGUACGAAUGGUGUCAAUACCUGCGCCGCGAGGAACGUCGCCAGAUGAAACGACAUAUCGAAGUGGUAUCAGAGAACAGGAAGGAGCAGGCAAGGAAGAUACAGGAGGCGAGACGACAGCACAAUAAGUUGGAGGCUGAAAAGAAGGCGACAGAGAAGCCAUGGUACAAGAUCUGGUGA